AAAGCUUUGAAAAAUCUGAAAUUCGUUGAUGCGAACCGAAAAUCAAAUUCGGUUUGUGUAUUUUUCAGAGUCUAAUGUCAAGAGAGCAAAUUCGAUGAAAACUGAAAGCCAAGUGCAAACUUUGGAAACAAAGUUUCCUGUUGUUGAUUCGCGGGGCAAAAUUCUGCUGCCCCCAGCAGAACUACAGGACGGAUCCUCAACACCAGUGUACGCCAACCCUCGGCAGGCUUUGAGGAUUCUCAAACGGAGGGAAACAAAACGAAGACUUGCAUUGUCAGGAAGAGUAAAAGUCUUUCACAGACAGGGAAAGAGGAAAGCUAAAAGUACGACAGAUGACAGGAACACCUCCUUAGAAUAUACAGAGACCCAACAGAUGUCUAUGGAAAAUUAACUUGACUGUUAACUGG